AUCCAGCCUGAUGGCGUCACGCUGAAGUACAACGACUACGCCUGGAACAAGAUUGCCAAUGUGCUCUACCUGGAGUCCCCUGCUGGCGUCGGCUUCUCCUACUCCGAGGACAAGAAGUACACCACAAAUGACACUGAGGUCGCUCACAACAACUACCUGGCGCUGAAGGAGUUCCUCCGGCUCUUCCCCGAGUACUCCAAGAACGAUCUCUUCCUUACGGGGGAGAGCUACGGGGGGGUCUACAUCCCUACGCUGGCAGAGUGGGUGAUGCAGGACCCCAGCCUCAACCUGAAGGGAAUCGCUGUGGGAAAUGGCCUCUCCUCCUACGAGAUCAAUGACAACUCCCUGGUUUACUUUGCCUAUUACCACGGCUUGCUGGGGACCGAGCUGUGGAGGGACUUGCAGGCCUUCUGCUGCUCCCAAGGGAAGUGCAACUUCCAUGACAACUCCAACCUGAACUGCACACUCAAGAUGGAGGAGAUGAUUCAGAUCGUAGAGGAGUCUGGCCUCAACAUCUACAACCUCUAUGCCCCGUGCGAUGGCGGUGUCCCUGGGAGCAUGAGGUACGAGGGUGACUAUCUCAUCACACACGACCUGGGCAACUCCUUCAUCCGGAUGCCGAUGAGGUUCUCCUGGCGGCAGAACCUGUUCCGGAUGCCAGUAGCCCGGAAGAAGGUCCGGAUGGACCCUCCCUGCACAAACUCCACGGCUCCCAGUAUGUAUCUGAACUCCCCGGAGGUGAGGAAGGCUCUCCACAUCUCCCCCGACGUGCCGGAGUGGCAGGUGUGCAGCUUCGAGGUGAACCGCAGCUACAAGCGCCUGUACAUGCAGAUGAAUGACCAGUACCUGAAGCUGCUCGGAGCCACGAAAUACCGGAUCCUGGUGUACAACGGGGACGUCGACAUGGCCUGCAACUUCCUCGGGGACGAGUGGUUUGUGGACUCCCUGUGCCAGAAGGUGCAGGUGGCUCGCCGGCCCUGGCUCUACACUGAAGGAGGUGAGAACCAGAUCGGGGGUUUCGUGAAGGAAUUCACCAACAUCGCCUUCCUAACCAUCAAGGAGUACCACUACACGCCAAGGAUCCAGCAGAGGUGA